AUGUCGAACGACAUCGUGGGAAAGUUAUAUGCCGAGGUGAUCGAGGGCGUUGUGGCCGAUUCUCGUCCGGAUUUUGAAGACUCGGGCAUCGAUGAAGCUACUCUGAUGGAACUCAAGGACAUCUGGCAACAGCGGUUGAGCUCGUUUGGCGUGGCUAAACUGCCUUGGGAUAUUGAAGAAGAGGUUUUACCACCAUUGCCUAUUGCCGAGCCAGCGCUGGAAAUCCCCCCUCAGCCAACAGUACCAGCAGCAAAUAAUCCAGUACGAGUCAAAAUAGAACCCUCACAACCAACAACCACAGCGCCUCCUGGAAUUAUGCUGCCAACAUCGUCUAAUGUCGACGCAAGGAUACGGUCCAAUGACUUGCCACGGCCAAAUGGCGGUGGGUUAGUUCUUCCUGGAGGAGGCCAUAUAACCCAAGCCGAUGGGCCAGGAGAUGACGAUGGUCUUGGAGAUAGUGACCCUGAUGGAAUCAACUCAGAUUUAGACGAUUCGGAUGACGGGUUGAACUCUGCUGCCGAAGAUGAAGAUGACGACGGGGGAAUGAUUAUGCUCUGUCUUUAUGACAAGGUACAGAGAGUGAAAAACAAGUGGAAAUACGUGCUCAAGGAUGGAGUGGCCAACAUUAACGGCAAAGAUUAUGUAUUUUCAAGAGGAUCUGGCGAAUCCGAGUGGUGA